CUGAAAAUGAAUAUAGGAUGGGAUACUUUACCAGAAUGAGAAAUUGGUACUGUGGAGAUUAUUGUGAAGUUCGAUGGAAGAAGAGUAUUGUUGUGUAAACGGAGACGAACCGCAAAAACAGGAACCGGAGAUUGUUGAAGGAGAAGAAGAUCAACAGCUACAGCAGCAUCGACGCCAACUACAACUACGACUACAACCUGGAGCUGAUGACAAACUUGUUUUGCAAUUUAUGGAUUCAUCGCAUAACUACCUCUCCCUCGUUGAUGCUUUCUCCUCCUCACUUCGUCAGGGAUGGAUAGAAUUAGCAAGUGCUCGACAUGCCAUGGGUGCUUCGCGCAUUAAUAGUUCUGUAUUGGACCUGAAAUACCAUUCAGCUGCUACAACAUUGAAGAUAACUGAAUAUGAUGGUACACAGCCAUGCUUUAUGUUGCGUAAAUGGAUAUCCACUGAACAUGAAAGUACUCGAUUAGAAGACGAGAAUGUGCUGCCACAAGAUUGUAGUAGUAUGAAAUCUCCUGAGAACUUUUCAGUACCUGCAGAUGAUGAUGAAGUUCAAAAGGAGCGAUCUAAGUCCUUAUCAGUUUUUGGUGUUUUAAUUUCCCCAAAGCUUCGAGCCACCCAGCUGUCAUUUGAGAGAGCACUAGAGACACUUGUCGAAAUAGCAAAUGUGCAAUCGUCGUUGUUAUCUUCUUAUCACCAACUUCAUCAAGAGGUGGAAGAUACUAAAGAAUGAAAAGUAGCAAUUCCUUCAGGCUGCCGGAAUUUGCAUCGCGUGUGAAUAAUCUGAGUUCAGUGUCGGGGACCUAGCAUUGGAAAAUUUUGGCGUUCAAUUUAUUGAUUUAUCAGAAGACGGUGAAAACUGAAAAGUUCCCCAUAGUGCUUAUUUCAUUUUGCACCCCCUUUUUGUAGUAUCUGAGAAUCUACAUUACCCUUGAACAGUUAAUGGGAUGUCAUCAUUUCAAGCGAAUUUCGCACUUAUAGUAUUAGUUUUGGAUAUGAUUAAUCUUUACCUAAUUAUUUUAUCGAGAGACAAU